GUCAUUUGAGACUUCAGACCUUGGGAGAAUUUCUUGUAAUUUUUAGACUAGUGCGUGAUGAAUUGGAUUUAACGAGAGCACUUGAUCAAACUGAUGACUUCUUCAAAUUUUGCGUAGGGGAAAUAUUUUUUCAAAGUUGGGCUAAUCGAAUACGUAUGUACAAAACAGUGUGAAACCUUAAAAUGAAUCACGAUUGUUUAAAAACGACAAAUAAAACUGACACCACCAAUAACGAUCCAUUUGAUGAAUUAUAUCCAGCAUUGAUCAGUGUGUUUGCCGUAAUUUUUUUGGGCUACUUAACUGGACGUUUGGGCUUGAUAUCUCCUAACGAAGCUCAGGGAAUCAGUAAAUUUGCUAUUUAUCCUACUUUACCUGCUUUCGUAUUUCGAGCAAUUGCUACAAUUAAUUUCAAGACUGUUGAAUGGAUGUUCCUUCUAGCAGUUACCUUGUCGAAGUUAAUCGUUUUUGUUGUAGUGACUAUGUUGACUUUGUUAUUUACAAGAGAUGUUGGCAGAGCCGGCGUUUAUAGUUUGUUUUGUACAAUGUCGAAUGAUCUAGCAUUAGGAAUACCUAUAUUGAAGCCAUUAUAUGAAAAGAAUCAUAAGAAUUUUUUGGAUUGUGCUUACGUUCUUUCAUUGGUCAACGUGGUUCUUCUUCUAAUGAUAGCACUUAUUAUGAUGGAGUUUAACCAUCAACGUUCUCGAAACAAAUCAGCAAAUCUGAAAGGUAUUGUACUGAAAACUGUACAAUCAAUCGUUACAACUCCAGUUGUUCUGGCAUCUGUGAUUGGCAUCAUCGUAAAUUUCAUAUCUAAACAAAAAUUGCCAACAUAUUUGGACAAACCACUCAUGACCUUGAGCAAUGCAUUUGGUGGAGCAGCAUUGUUUUUUCUUGGUUUAAGCGUCGUGGGAAAGAUCAGGACCAAAAUAGGAAUGAUUACUCUCGUUCCCUUGUCGCUUGGUAUUGCUAAGGUUAUCGUCCUACCGCUGAUAAUACGCGGCCUAUGUAUUUCAUUCAACAUUGGCGGCCAAAAUUUGAGGGAAGAUUGGAGUAUAUUUGGCUUCUUGUAUGGUACCAUACCGCCAUCUCCUCCCACGGUUAUUUAUGCUGCUUACUUUGGUAUUGAAGAGGAUACGAUGGCGUUUGGAAUGAUUAUGUCAACAAUGUUUUCUGCUCCCGUCAUGUUGAUUUCAUCUAAAAUGGCAACUGUCAAUAACAUGAAUCAAACAAAUGUUGUUUACAGAGAUCUUUUGAAUAAAACUAGGACUGACAUUAGCAUCGUCUCCAUUAUUUUGGCUUGCUGGGUUAUCGCAAUACUCUUCCUCAGUCGUCGAUUCCAAUCAAUUCCACACAGGUUCACAGUGUGUCUUGCUCUUAGUCAGUUACUGCUUUGUAUAUCUUUUGUUCUCAUCAAGUCUAAUCCAUUCAUUGAAUGCUGCGGAGGAUUUGAAGCUUUUUUAAUAACAACGUUUAUUUUUGCAACACAUUGCUGGACGGCAAUCAUCGCGUUCAUUUUAUCCAGCGCUCGUUGUUCCGUAGAGUCGCAGUGGAACACAAAGACACGACGAAUAUGCAUUACUGGAUGGGCUUUGCCGGCUGUUUGUUGCGGGAUACUUGUGCUGAUUUUAAAACCGAAAAUUGACGAAUUCCCUGAUAAAAAAAAAGAUUUCUUUGCUUUUAUCAAUGAGAAGAAAGUGUAUGUUGCAUUUUGGCUGACUCUUCAAGUUAUUUGUAUUUUCGUUUGUGUUGGAUCACUACUACGAAUGUACAGAUUUGACAAAUAUUGUAAGUGUGAAAUGGUUACAGAGGAAGACAAUGCUGGCGAUCAAACACCGUUACUUUCUUCGUCUAGGAAAAAGUGCCAUCGAUGCGUAAGAGACAAACAACGUGGAACUACUGACGAUUGCACAUCUGUAAGUGAAGAUAUGCAAGAUACGGAUGAAGGGUUUUCCGUUGUGCAUACCAGAAACCGCUUAUCGUCACAAGACUUUCUUGAAGGCAAACAUAUAAAAUUGGACAAAUAUUACGAAGGAGAGCAGCAUCAAAGUGGCAAUCAUGUUGUUGUUAUUGUCAGUCAAGUACUUGUUAUGUGUUUGUGCAUAUUCUACUGUUUGUGGGUGCUCGUAGGCGAUGAUUUGACUUCUGGCAUAUUUUUGGAGGUUGAACUCUUAAUAUCAAUUAUUCUCUCUGCUCAGGUAUUAGUUGUAUUUGCAUGUUUUGGAUUUGAAAGAACGUUCCUAAUAGAUCCUCUACUCCAAAAAUUGCGUUGUUAUUGGUACGGCGUUGACACUUUAAUACUACCUGAGAUAAAUGAUUUGGAACCGGAGGAAUAUCAUAUAUGUCGACAGUUUGUGCGUUAUCACAAAGAAAGUUGUUUGGAAGCAUUAAGUUCGAGACCAGCAGAGGAUGGUGGAACUUCGUAUUUCUAUGGCUGUAACCUGGUAGACUGGUUGGUAAGAGUUGGCCUUGUUGCAGAUCGUGUUACAGCUGUGAAAUAUGGGAACAGUUUGCUCAAAGGACGAGUUAUUCGACACUCUGAAAAUCGAUAUUAUUUUAGAGACUCAACUAAUACAUAUAAUUUUUGUCCUGAUUGGGAUGAGCAUGAUCCAGAGAUAAAGAUAGAAUGAACUGCAUUCAAGUAAUUUGUGUUUUUACUUGCACAUGUAAAUUCCUAUUUUGAGUAUGGGCUGCAUUUACCGCCAACAGCAUUUUUCAAAACUAAUCAAACGCAUUCAUUUUUUUAAAUAUUCGUGAUAAACAGUAGAAAACAUCUUUUACUGCACCUGCACAAUUUUGUGAGAUAAUAACCUAUAACCUAUAUAUUAAACCCAGAAGAUUUAAAUGCUGCAACAUGAUUUUAUGAUGAUGAGACAUUUUUUGUUAGACGGUGAAGACGUUUCACAAUAAAAAUAGCAUUUAUGGUGUUUUAAGUUUUGUAUUUCAUAAAAAAUUAAUUUGUUGCCCUAAGUUGGGUGGAAAUAGUGUAAAAUUUUAGCUAACUGGAUAGUCGUUUCUAUAAACAUAAGUUAUAAAAAGACACUUUAGCUAAUAGGAUUUUGUCAUACAAAACUUGAAUGUCCUUUAAUGUCUAUGUACUUAGAAUAGAUUAAUCAAGUCCUUGAUUUUAUAAAGAUAUGCUUAAAAGUUCUUGAAUUUUAGAUUUUGGGUGAAUAGUUUGUAAUUACGUCGGUUGGUACACUAUUUUCUUCAAUUUUUUCAAUGUCAAAACUAAAUUAUCUAGCGACGUGGAGGUUUUCACCUCACAUGAAAAACACAAUUUGUUCGGCAUUCAUUGAAAAAUUGUUUUUGUUUAACUUUUGAUGAUAUGUUUGAUAAAUUCUUGCUUUAGUCGUGCUUUGCAUUCAAUUAAAGAUCUAGCUCGCUCUUAAAAUUUUAAUCCUGCAAUGUAGCUACGGACCCUGGUGUAAGUAAAUUUUGGGCUCGUUUUAAGAUACAAGCUCAUGUCAGAAGUAAGUUUAACUCGUUCCUCGACCAAUUUCAAUAAUUUUUUGAAAAAUUAAUGAAAGUUUUUUUAGAAAAUAGCAAGUUGCUGUAAUUAUUUAUUGGUAUCACGCUGUAUAUGCACAAUAAAAUCUCACGAAGGAA